GAAUCCAGAUCCUUUGCGAUGCGGGCCUCGGUUGCCACGUGCCGAACAUGCUUGGCUACUCGCCCUUUGCCAUGGCUUGUGCCGGUGGCGGGGUGGAGGCUAUCCAGGAGCUCAUCGCCUACGCCUCCCGGGAGGAGCUGGCGGAGGGACUGCACGCGGCACUCUUACACGGAGGCGCAUCAGCCAAGUUGGUCUCCCUCUUGGUGGCGGCAGGUGUGGAUGUGAACCAUCAGCUCACCAAGCCGUUGCUGAGUCCACUUGGAGUACUCUUUGCUUGUCUGAGCCUGCGCCACCGUUGGAGCCAGUCUCGCCUCAGUACCUAUGCCUACCACUACAGUGGCGCUACGCCUCU